AUCCCGAUGGAGAGGGAAUAAGAAAGAGCGUAAUAAUUUCCAUAGAGCCGUAACCGGCACCAAACUUUAAUUCCAACCUUACGCUGCCAAAUAUAUUAUUAUUCCACUGAAUUCCCCAUCUUUAUUACCGUAACUGCAUUUUGUAAUAACCGAUCAAACGCAGCACUACUGUAAUAAUUGCCUUUUCUUUUUGUAAUUAAUUAGAGCAGCCGACCAAUCUGUAAUAACUGAUCAAACCCCAGCAGCCGGUUAAUUUCAGGAUAUCGCCGGCCGGCCCUCUUCUCGGGAAAAAAAACUCCCGGCCAAACCUUAAUGCCCUAACGCAAGACCCCCAGAUCGUGAAAUAAACAUGCAAUAGUGCAUAAUUUCUAUGGAAUUAACGAAAGACAAAAAGAUGGCCAAUGCCAUUGCCACUCGAGGAAGUAAAAAAAAAACACCAAAAGAAUGGACUCUUUCAAUUUUCCAUUCACAAGAAAUAUGAGCACGCAUGGCUUUAAACAACAAUACCACGAAUGGAACGAACAUAGAAUCAUGCAAGGACUCAGUAUUGAAACUUGGCACAGUAGCAUGCAGGGUACUAGAUCGCAUAAAAAUUGAGCAUCAUCAGGGGACUAUACCGAAACCCCAAUAAUCUAACAAAGAUGAGUAGCUCUGAUAUCACUUGUUGGAAUUAAUCGAGAUAUGUAAUUCCCCGGAUUACAUCUUGUCAGAUUAUCAAAGGCGAAUAGAUCUAAAUACCUGGAUUCAUGAUGGUAGAUCGUCGUGAGCUUGAUGCGGAAUCUGUAGAACGAUCUUGAACCGGACGAUACCUCAGAAGCACGAUCCGGGAAGUUUAGUGGCCUUCCUCAACCAAGCCUCCUUAGUCCACUCACGGGAAACCUCACGUAUUCCUGAUGGGGAGAAUAUGUGUGUAUUUUUUGGUCUUGGUAUCUUGGGGACCACAACCUCUAGGUUCUUUAUAUACUAUGUUUAGCUAGGGUUCCCAUAAAACCCUAAUUAGGUUUAGUAUCUGGUUUCCACUCAUUGGGCCCAUAUCAGGUAUUGAGUAGUCUUGGGCUCCAUAAUUUGACCACUUAUAAUUAGCCCACUUUAACAAAUAACUAAUACAAUUAUCCAUAAACCACAGCCCACAUCACGUGGAACAUAUAUUUCCAACACCACGUCCGGCUGACAACUUGGGUGCGGUUUUGGACUGUUGGAUGAACGAGGAUUCGAUGUUGGCUCUUUUCCCGGUUUACGACGAUGGCAGUCCUCUGAGAUCGGAUAGAUUCAAAAGUGCUGUGUAUUGCGAGAUAUGGGUGCUCUUGAAGUACUGGGUUCCGGAGUCGUGGACGAGGCUGUUGGUUAUUACGAGUCCUCCCGAGAUGAAGAUUGGUCAUAGAUUUCAUAGUCAGUUAUCAAGGAAUUUGAAGUGUUUUUUCGUAGACGAAGCGAACAACACGAUUACAGUCAGAGAUGAAUGCGUUGUUGUCUAUAGUCCCGAGACGAGACAAUUUAGUGAACUUGGGAACAUGGGUGACAGGAUACUGCGUCAGAUCGUAACGAGUUAUGUACCCUCUCAGAUUGCCUUGCGGGAUUAUUAUUGCAUGUCGGAGUAGGGAGAUACAUUGUUUAUCUCUCGGAUAUCGCCACCGGCCCCGUCAUUUUGGAUGUUGUACUGUAGCAUUCGCUCUUAGCUUGGGGAUAAUGUUCCAUCACCCGAGCAUAAUUGAGAGGGUACUGUAGAAGGUCUUCAGUUGGCCUGGGACAUGGAUUAUCGUCGUGUUCGUUUGGAACUCGACUUGAGAUGCGGAGUCUUGCUUCUCUAGAGUAUUGAUAUGAUUGAUCAUCAUCACGCCACCAUAACAGACAGAGUUAAUCGUCAGAGAUUGGGAGGUGUCUAUCUCCCAUAUUUAUCGUGAAGGCAAUAAGUGUGCAGAUUUACUAGCUAGUUGGGGUCAUUCUCUUCCCUCGGGUUUACGUACGGUUUCAGUUUCUUAUCCUGCCCUUUGUUCAUUUCUCUUGUAUGACUGUCAAGGCCUUUCCGAGCCUCAUCUUAUCGUGAAUACAAGCUAAGAUUUGUU